AUGGCAGCUGAUAAUGAGAUUAUAUGUACAUUGUUAGUUAAGGAAGUGUUCGUUCGGGGUUUGGGCGCGUCAGUUUCUAGUGGUUUGCGACCUAGUCAAAAGCCGCCCAGUUCGAAGUUUCCAAGAUUCAUUCUGAAUUUCCGAAGCAUUAUGCUAUCAAAAGUUUGUUGUAUUGGGGCAGGUUAUGUUGGUGGUUCAACACUGUCGAUUAUAGCACAUUAUUGUCCUGAGCUACAAGUUACCAUUGUUGAUACAUCGCAUGAACAAAUUAAUAUGUGGAAUUCAGAUACACUUCCAAUAUAUGAGCCAGGUCUUGAUGAAAUUGUCCAGUUGCAUCGUGGAAAAAAUUUACACUUCUCUGCAGAUAUUGACAAAGCUAUAGAUGAAGCUGAUAUCAUUUUCAUUUCUGUAAAUACUCCAACAAAGAAUUGGGGCCUUGGAAAAGGCAGAGCAACGGAUCUGAGUAAUUUAGAAGCUGCUGCUCGACGGAUAGCUAAAGUCAGUCGACGACCAAAAGUUAUUGUAGAAAAGAGUACAGUGCCCGUGAAAGCCGCAGAGACAACCAGCGCAAUUAUUCACUUUGAGUCGAAAUGUCAUCAAAAUAAAUUCAACUGCACAAUGAAUGGUUUUGAUAUAGAUGGUGAUAAUUUGACACAGAAAUCUAAACUUACUGAAUUUGUAGUCUUAUCAAAUCCAGAAUUUUUAGCUGAAGGUACAGCUGUCAAUGAUUUGUGUAAUCCAGAUCGUAUUUUAAUCGGUGGUGAUUCACAUUCACCAUCGGGUAGAUUAGCUAUUGAAAUGUUACGCUGGAUUUAUUUACACUGGGUACCACCGGAACGUAUUCUUGUCACAUCGACAUGGUCAUCUGAAUUGUCGAAACUGGCAGCAAAUGCUUUCCUUGCUCAACGUAUUAGCAGUAUUAAUGCUAUUUCUGCUAUUUGUGAACAAACUAAUGCUGAUAUUAAAGAAGUUUCCAAAGCUAUUGGUACAGAUCAUCGAAUUGGACCGUAUUUCUUGAAUGCCAGCCUUGGAUUUGGUGGAAGCUGUUUUAGAAAGGAUAUAUUAAGCUUGGUGUACAUAUCAGAGACAUUAAAUUUACCAGAGAUUGCAUCAUAUUGGUAUUCUGUACUACAAAUGAAUGAUUAUCAAAUUCAAAGAUUUACUCGUAAUGUUAUUGAAAAACUACAUAACACAUUGAAAGGCAAAAGAAUUGCAAUAUUUGGCUUUACAUUUAAAGCGGAUACACACGAUACAAGAGACAGUCCUGUAAUACCAGUUUGUAAUCAGCUAUUACAAGAACAAGCAGAACUUGCUAUUUAUGAUCCUAAAGCUUUUUCCAAACAAAUUCAAUCAGAUUUACUGGUCAAUAAUAGUAAAGAUGCAUUUAACAAAUUAGUCCAUAUAUGUUCUACUCCCGAAGAAGCCGUAACUAAUGCAUACGCUAUUCUGAUAUGUACAGAUUGGAAGUGCUUUCAGGAAUAUGAUUAUUCAGCAUUUUAUCGGUUAAUGGCUAAACCAGCAAGAAUAUUUGAUGGACGCCUUCUGCUAGAUCAUAAACGUUUAACACAGAUUGGUUAUAUUGUUGAAGCUAUUGGAAUUGCCUGUGAAAACUUAACAAUGAAUGGUUAUUCUACAUAA